CCCGGGCUGGGGCCGCCCGCGGGGCUGCCCCCCGGCCUGGGCGUGGCGCAGACGAAGGCGAGCCCCUCGGGGCAGCAGCCCCCCGGCGGCCCCGCCGGCAUGACGAAGGCGUCGCUCGGCAUGCCCCCAGCGGGGCUGCCUCAGCCGCGGCCGCCGGCGCUCGUCGACAUGGGCUCCCUGUCGCAGGGCCUGGGUCUGCCGCAGCCCCCGGCGCUGCUCGACAUGGCCUGCCUGUCGCAGGGGCUCGGCUUGCCCCCUCCGCCCGCAGGCGGCAAGGGCAUGCCGCCAUUGAUGCCGCAGCCGGCUUCCGCCGCAGGCGGCAAGGGCAUGCCGCCUUCGAUGCCGCAGCCGGCUCCCCCGGGGUGCCCCCCCAUGCCGCAGCAGCAGCAGUUCACGAAGGCGUCGGCGAUGAGGCCCACAAUGAGACCGCCCCCGACCGUGUCGGACGCGGACAGGGAGCUCGAGAGGCAGCUGCGGGAGGAGGAGGAGAAGCUGCGGAAGCUGCAGCAGGAGACCUGGAUGCUCGAGCAAGAGAACCUCAGGGCCGAGGCCGAGGCGGAGCGCGAGCGGAAGGCGCGGGAACUCGAGGCUCAGCGCCGAAAGGAGGAGGAAGAGAGGAAGGCCGCCGAGGAGAAGCGCAAGGCCGAGGCCAACGAGGCCGCCAGUCUCCUGCAGGCGGAACUGUCGCCCCUGGUGGACAUCGCCGAGCUGGAGCAGGGCAAGGCUAGUGACAAGGCGGAGUUCGCAGACAAGUCAAAGGAUUGGGCGGACGACGAUGUCAUCAAGGCUGCGGAUGCCUUUGGCAAGGCCGCCGUGGCCGCCAGAGAGGCGGUGAAGGCCUGCAAGGACUUCAUGGUCGGCAAGCACGGCAAACUCAUGGGCGCGGACCAAGCCUGCCGCGAUGCAGGCAACGCGCUCCUCAAGAGGAUGUCUGGCGCCGAGCGGGCGCUGGAGACCUCGUCCCGGAGGGUGACGACCCGGAGGGGCGAGGCGACGGCGAGCAAGGACCGGGCGGCGCGCAAGGUCGCGGCCGAGAAGGCGGGCCAGAAGCAGGAGGGGCUCUUCCAGAAGUACGACCGCGACGGCGACGGGCUUCUGAGCCCCGACGAGGUCGGACAGUUCAUCCGCGGGGAGUGCAACUUCGACAUGGAGAAGGGGGUCGUGGAGAAGAUCCUCGGGUCCCCGCCCUUUGCUGGCACAAAGGGCGUCACCAGGGACAAGUUCUCGCGCCUCCGGCUGCAGGUGGGGAUUGCUGCUGUGGAGCAGACGCUGGGCAGCAUCGAGCUCGAGGUCGUCAAGGCCGAGAAGAAGAGCGCGGCGCUGAACGCCCACAGGGCCAGGAUGCCCCUGGAUAAGGCUCUCGAGCUGACCGAGGUCGUGGAGUCCGCGGUGGAGGCGGCGCGCGACUUCCUCGCCGCCGCACGGGAGCAGGUGCAGUGCCUGGCCGGCUUCGAGCCCGAGGUGCAGAGGCAGGCGGGCGUGGAGGCGGCCCGGCUGAACAGCCGGCUGACCUCCUUCGACAGCCGGCUCGCGCGGCAGGCGGGCUCGACGAAGGCGAUUCGCGACAAGCUGCUCUUCCAGCAGAAGAAGGCCGAGCUGAUGAGGCAGGCGGAGGCGGCCCUGCAGGAGGCGAGCAGCAGCGGCGCGACCUGACCUUGCGGCCCUGACUGAGCGCGCCUCGAGGGGCGCCGAGAGUUUGUAUGAAGGCCCGGGCGCCUCUCUCUAGCCCCGACAGGGGUGUGGCUUCUCGACCGCGAUCACAAAUAGGUGCACCCCUGCAGCGAGAGGAAAUCGGCUUCCCGGGGACGCUGAUGAGUAUG